AUGAGAACAGCAACUCCACUGUGGGCCGUCGUAGCCAUUCUAUUCUCCCAAUGUCUCGCCGCACCCCUCACUCCCGCAGCAACGCCCGAGGGUGCGGCUCUGCGGUUGCCUGUUAGGAAGAGCCUUCUCACACCGGGAGAUAUUCUUCAGCGUCGCUCGUCAGUGUCAUCGUCGCUGAAAAACGGCGACUUUGAAUACCUGAUUGACCUUGAGCUCGGAACCCCCGCCCAGGCUGUCACCGUCAGCCUCGACACGGGCAGCAGUGAUAUCUGGGUCUACGGGCCUGGCUCGUGCGGGAGCACAAGCUGCACGGGCGGAACCUUCGAUCCGACAAAGUCAAGCACGUACGUCGACGACAGCAGCAUUGGAGAGUUCUCCGUGUCCUAUUUUGACGGCACGGCGGCGUCGGGAUACUACAUCGAAGACACGAUGGAACUGGGCUCCGCGACAGUGACGGGCGUGACCUUCGCCGUCGCCACCUCUGCGGCCAGCACGGAGCGCGGCAUCAUGGGGAUCGGCCUGCAGGGCCUCGAGGGCAGUGCAGUAAAGUACCCGGAGUUCCUGGACGACCUCCACACCCAAGGCUUCAUCGACCGGCGCUCCUACAGCAUCUACCUCGACGACCUCGAGGCCGGGAGCGGGUUCAUCCUCUUCGGCGCCGUCGACUCGUCCAAAUACUCGGGCGACCUGGUCACAUUGCCCAUCAUCCCAUACACCGACUCCGCCCCUCGUCUACAGGUCGAAUGGACGUACCUCUCCGCCACCGACGGCUCGGGAACCACAACCACUCUCACCCAAUCCGGCUUCUCCUACCCUGUGGCCAUGGACACGGGGUACACCACCUCCGUGCUCCCCACCGAACUCUUCAACGAACUCGCCACCUACUUCAACGUCUACACCGACUCUGAGGGCACCUACCUCGUCCCCAACUGCCAAAUGCCGUCCGGCUCCUUCACUUUCGGCUUCGGCACCGGCAGUGGCAGUGCGCCAGCCGUGACCAUCCAGGUCCCCUUCUCGGAACUCGCUGUGCCUGAACCCAGCGGGUCCGGGGAGUGUCUGUUCGGGUUCCUCCCGCAGGACCAGAGCGUCAUUAGCUUCGGCGACACCUUCCUGAGGAGUGCGUACCUGUACUAUGACUUUGACGGGUCGACCAUCAGUCUGGCGCAGGCGGUUUGGACAUGA